CGGGUCGCGGGGGUACAGUGUCGCCUUUGGCCCCGUGUCGUAGCAGCGUCAUCGACGGUACCUGAUCGACGGGGGUGUUGGGUUGGGACUGUUUUUCGGCGAGCGGCCAUUCGUCGCGUAACCAUUCUGAUCGCCAGUCAACAGCUGAACUACGCCGCGCAAUCGUCGUCUGUCUGUGCGCCAUUUUGUGCGUUGAAAUGUGUGUCCACUUACGUGUUUAGUUGGUAAAAAAAUUGGAAGCGAAAAUUCGUUCUUAGCAUUUUAAAUCAACCAGAUAUAAUUCUGAAUAAUUCAGCCGUGAGAAUGUCCGUAAAAGAAAGCUUCACCAUAUUGAUAACCACGGAAAAAGAACAGUAUUUAGAGCCGGCUUCAUUUCAUUUCGCACGCAGUUAAGUGGUGGACGAGCAGCAGUACGGUGUGGUGAUCAACGAACUCAAGACAAUAUGAGCGGUGUGACAGUACUGGACGGUGGCUUUGCCACACAGCUCUCGGUGCACGUUGGCAAGAGCAUUGAUGGAGAUCCACUGUGGAGUGCCCGGUUCAACGCUACCAAUCCCAACGCUGUGUUCCGGACGCAUCUCGAUUUUCUGGAGGCCGGCGCUGAAGCUAUCAUGACCAACACUUACCAGGCCAGUAUCGAAGGAUAUGGCGAGUAUCUGCAUCUCAACGAGGACGCCAGCCUGAACUUGAUCAAGUCGACGGUACGUGUAGCGCAGAUGGCCCGGACUCGGUUUCUGGCUACACGAGUGAACAGCGAUCAACCCCGGACCCCACCAUUGCUGGUGGCCUCCAUUGGACCGUAUGGAGCACAUCUGCACGAUGGAUCGGAGUAUACGGGUAGCUAUGCGAGUACGGUUUCACCCGAUACGAUCCAAAAGUGGCAUCGACCAAGAAUCGAGGCCUGUAUCGAGGCGGGCGUCGAUGUGCUCGGGAUUGAGACGAUUCCCUGCAAGAUGGAAGCUGCAGCACUGUUCGAUCUGAUGAGUGAAGAGUAUCCUAGCGUGCGGUUCUGGAUCUCGUUCCAAUGCAAGGACAACCUACAUCUGGCCAAUGGUGAACUGUUUAGCGAGGCAGUAAACUCACUGUGGGCUAGGGCACGCUCAAGGCGCAACAAAACUCUGCUAGCGCUAGGUGUAAACUGUGUCCAUCCGCAGAUCGUAACGCCGCUUUUUAAAAGCGUGAACGAGCUAAAGGCUCCCGAGGCUCGCAUUCCCCUCAUUGUCUAUCCGAAUUCCGGCGAAAUCUAUACCGUUGAAGAGGGAUGGCAGGGUAAGGAAGACUGUGUUCCGCUAGAGCAUUAUGUGCCCCAGUGGGUUGAGCUCGGUGCGCGGUUCAUAGGCGGAUGCUGCAGGACCUACGCUCGAGACAUUCAGCGCAUCAAGCAGGCUGUUGAGAGCAUCGCUGAGAAAUCACAUCAAUGAUUAUUUCCAAGACUUCGAGCCUCGAUUGGCUAUGAUAAGUUUAAUCAAUUUUAUCUACUAGACUCACUGUUACAUGUUAAGGAUAAGUACAUUUUAUGGAGUAUCGAUACUGAUUGUUGUUCGUUCGUACUUUGUAGAAUCGCGCUGGAAGCCAUUAUCAACCAAGACAUACAAAUAUAUUGUGCCAAGAAGAUUGUAACUUUUUCAA